GUACCUUCGUGCUGGAGCAGUCUCUGUCAGUGCGGGCCCUGCAGGAGAUGCUGGCCAAGAGCGGACAGAACAGUGAAGGAGCAGCGCAGAGCGGAGGGCACAAGACUCUACUCUAUGGACACGCCAUCCUUCUGCGGCAUUCUUUCAGCUCUAUGUACCUGGCAUGUUUGAAGACAUCAAGGUCACAAACAGAUAAGCUAUCCUUUGAUGUUGGACUACAGGAGGAUUCAACAGGUGAGGCCUGUUGGUGGACCAUCCACCCUGCCUCCAAACAGAGAUCAGAAGGAGAGAAAGUGCGCAUCGGUGAUGACCUCAUCCUUGUCAGUGUGUCCUCUGAGCGAUACCUUCACCUAUCCAUCUCCAAUGGCAACAUCCAGGUGGAUGCAUCCUUUAUGCAGACUCUGUGGAACGUUCAUCCCAUCUGCUCUGGCAGCAACAUAGAAGAAGGAUACCUACUAGGUGGUCAUGUUAUGCGCUUGUUCCAUGGACAUGAUGAGGUGGUCACCAUCCCGGGAUCAGACCAGAGUGAAGAGCAACAAAGGAUAGUCAACUAUGAGACGGGUAAAGCAGGUGCCAAGGCAAGGUCCUUGUGGAGGCUGGAGCCACUCCGAAUCAGCUGGAGUGGAAGCCACAUCCGCUGGGGCCAGCCUUUCCGACUACGACACCUGACCACCGGUCACUACCUGGCUCUGACUGAGGACAGGGGGCUGGUGCUGCAGGACCGGGAGAGGUCUGACACCGUUGCCACAGCCUUCUGCUUCAGAGCUUCAAAGGAGAAGCUGGAGCAGAGCCCCAAGCGGGACAUUGAGGGCAUGGGGGUGGCGGAGAUUAAGUAUGGGGACUCGCUCUGCUUCAUCAUGCACGUGGCCACAGGUCUGUGGCUCUCCUACCAGGCUCCUGAUGUCAAAUCUGCUCGUCUAGGUCCCCUCAAGAGAAGAGCAUGCCUACAUUCUGAGGGCCACAUGGAUGAUGGGUUGACCCUCCAGCGAUGUCAACAUGAAGAGUCCCGCGCUGCGCGAAUCAUCCGAAACACCACGCUACUCUUUAAUCGAUUCAUUAGAGACCUUGACUGUCUGAGUGUUAAGAACAGGGCACUGGUCGCCCUGCCUGUCGAGGAGGUACUCCAAACCCUCAAUGACCUCAUCACCUAUUUCCAGCUCCCUGAUGCUGAGUUGGAGCAUGAAGAGAGGCAGAUCAAACUGCGCUCCCUCAAGAACAGGCAGAACCUCUUCAAGCAGGAAGGAAUGCUGGCUCUUGUGUCCAACUGUAUCGACCGUCUGAACGUCUACAACAGUGCAGCCCACUUCGGGGAGUGUGCCGGGUCAGAGGCAGGUGCAGCCUGGAAGGACAUUCUCAACCUGCUCUAUGAGCUGCUAGCAGCGUUAAUCCGAGGGAAUCGGAACAACUGCACCCAGUUCUCCAACAACUUGGACUGGUUGGUGAGCAAACUGGAGAGGCUGGAGUCAUCUUCAGGCAUCCUGGAAGUUCUGCACUGCAUUCUAAUUGAGAGCCCUGAGGCGCUCAAUAUCAUCCAGAGAGGACACAUUAAGUCCAUCAUAUCACUGCUGUACAAGCAUGGACGCAACCACAAGAUUCUGGAUGUGCUCUGCUCGCUCUGUGUGUGUAAUGGUGUGGCUGUGCGAACCAAUCAGAACCUCAUCUGCGACCACUUGCUGCCCAAAAGAGAUCUGCUGUUACAAACCCAGCUGGUCAACGAUGUCCAGAGCAUGAGACCAAACAUCUUCCUGGGCGUGAGUGAGGGUUCAGCUCAGUAUAAGAAGUGGUACUAUGAGCUGAUGAUCGACCAUGUUGACCACUUUGUGACCAGUGAGCCCUCCCACCUGAGAGUGGGUUGGGCCAACACCAAAGGUUAUGCACCCUACCCUGGAGGAGGUGAGGGCUGGGGAGGCAAUGGAGUCGGGGAUGAUCUCUACUCGUAUGGUUUUGAUGGACUGCACCUCUGGUCAGGUCGUAUCCCACGGGCAGUUGCCUCUGUGAACCAGCACAUCCUGACCUCAGAGGACGUGGUGAGCUGUUGUUUGGACUUGGGAGCACCCAGCAUCUCUUUCAGGAUCAACGGACAGCCCGUUCAGGGCAUGUUUGAAAAUUUCAACACGGAUGGACUCUUCUUCCCCGUCGUCAGCUUCUCUGCAGGGGUCAGGGUACGUUUCCUGUUGGGUGGACGACAUGGGGACUUUAAGUUUCUGCCUCCAUCUAGUUAUGCUCCAUGUUAUGAGGCUCUGCUGCCCAAAGAGAAGAUGAAGGUGGAGCCAGUCAAAGAGUACAAGAGAGAUAUGAAUGGAGUUAGAGAUUUACUGGGCACCACCCAGUUCAUGUCCCAGGCCUCCUUCAUACCCACACCAGUGGAGACCGGCCAGAUUGUCACACCACCUCAUUUGGAGAAGGUUCGGGACAAGCUGGCUGAGAAUAUCCAUGAACUGUGGGGCAUGAAUAAGAUUGAGCUGGGCUGGACGUACGGCAAGAUAAGGGAUGAUAAUAAACGACAACAUCCAUGCUUGGUGGAUUUCUCCAAGCUGCCAGAAACUGAAAAGAACUACAACCUACAGAUGUCAACGGAAACUCUGAAGACUUUGCUGGCACUGGGUUGCCGUGUAGUUCAUGUUAAUCCAAAUGCUGAGGACUCCCUCAAAAAGAUAAAAUUGCCCAAGAACUAUAUGAUGUCCAAUGGUUAUAAACCAUCCCCUCUGGACCUGGCUGACAUAAAACUGACUCCAGGUCAGGAGCUGUUAGUGGACAAAUUGGCAGAAAAUGCACACAAUGUGUGGGCUAAAGAUCGCAUCAAACAGGGAUGGACCUACGGCAUUCAGCAGGAUCUGAAGAGUAAACGUAACCCUCGUUUGGUUCCUUAUGUGUUGCUGGAUGAGCGUACCAAGAAGUCUAACAGGGACAGCCUGCGGGAAGCUAUCCGUACUCUGAUUGGAUAUGGGUACAACAUUGAGCCAUCGGACCAAGAAGGCGGACAAGUGGUUGAACGGCUCAGCAUCGAUAAGAUUCGUUUCUUCAGAGUAGAGAGGACAUAUGCUGUAAAAACAGGAAAAUGGUACUUUGAAUUUGAGGCCGUUACAGGAGGCGACAUGAGAGUGGGCUGGGCCAGACCUGGAUGUAAGCCAGAUGUGGAACUUGGUACAGAUGAGCUUGCAUUUGUGUUUGAUGGGUACAGGGGCCACUGUCUGAACAUGGGCAGCCGGUUGUUCGGGCGUUGCUGGCACGCUGGGGAUGUAGUCGGCUGCAUGAUCAACAUGGAGGACAAAUCUAUGAUCUUCACUCUUAAUGGCGAGAUCCUCAUUACGACCAAGGGCUCCGAACUCUGCUUCACUGACUUUGAAACUGAGGAUGGGUUCAUUCCAGUGUGCAGUCUCGGGCUGGCUCAGGUGGGUCGCAUGAAUCUAGGGAAGGACGCUAGCACCUUUAAGUAUUACACAAUGUGCGGCCUGCAGGAGGGAUUCGAACCCUUCGCUGUCAACAUGAACCGAGAGGUCACGAUGUGGUUCAGCAAGCGCCUGCCUACUUUUGUCAACGUGCCGAAGGACCACAACCACAUCGCAGUAACCAGGAUUGACGGCACUGUCGACAGCCCUCCAUGCCUUAAAGUCACUCACAAGACAUUCGGCACUCAGAACAGCAAUGCUGACAUGGUGUUUUGUCGUCUCAGCAUGCCUGUAGAGUUCCACUCCUUCUUCAAGACCUGUCCCGUCUUAGACAUGAACGGAGUACACGAGGAAGAUAUUCUUAAAGUUAAACACAGGUGCUUACCUUUGCAAAAAAAAAAAAAGGAUUUUAAUAGACGGGUGGACUACAGCAGCAUCACCAUGUACUACCACUCAGUAAGGAUCUUUGCAGGUCAGGACCCAGCCUUCGUGUGGGUUGGAUGGGUUACCCCAGAUUACCAUUACUAUAGCAACAACUUUAACCUCAGCAAAAACCGAACAGUGACUGUAACCCUUGGAGACGAGCGUGGACGAGUCCACGAGAGUGUGAGGAGGAGUAACUGCUACAUGGUGUGGGGUGGUGAUGUGAUCAGCACUGCUCAUGCCUCCAGUCGCAGCAACGUUGACCUGGAGAUUGGCUGUCUCAUAGACCUGGCAACUGGUCUGGUGACAUUCACUAUCAACGGCAAGGAGAUUUCUACAUCCUACCAGGUGGAACCAAACACAAAACUCUUUCCUGCUGUGUUUGUGCGACCUACAAGCCCUAACCUCUUUCAGUUUGAACUGGCUAAAAUAAAGAAUGCCAUGCCUUUGUCUUCAGCCAUCUUUAAGAGCGAGCAUAAGAACCCGGUGCCCCAGUGUCCCCCCAGACUUUAUGUCCAAACCAUAAAUGCAGUGCUGUGGAGCCGCAUGCCCAAUACCUUCCUCAAAGUAGAAACGGCUAGAGUUAAUGAGAGGCAAGGCUGGGUGGUUCAGUGUGUGGAACCUUUGCAGAUGUUGGCCGUACACAUACCAGAGGAGAACAGGUGUGUGGACAUCAUGGAGCUGUCAGAGCAGGAGGACAUGAAGAAGUUCCACUACCACACCUUAAAGCUUUACUGUGCCCUCUGCGCACUGGGAAACACUCGUGUAGCCCAUGCCCUGUGCAGCCACAUGGACCAGUCACAGCUCUUAUACACCAUUGAUAACCAGUAUCUGUCUGGCAUGCUACGUGAGGGUUUCUACAACGUUCUGAUCAGCAUCCACCUGGAGACAGCUAAACAGGCUAGACUCAUGAUGAAAGAUGAGUUUAUCAUUCCAGUUACAGCGGAGACUCGUUCCAUCCGUCUCUUUUCCAAUGCUUCUAAAAGGCACCUUCCACCAGGGGUGGGGCUUAGUACCUCUCUCAAGCCCCGUCUCAACUUUACCCCGCCCUGUUUCAUCAGCACCAAACGAGAGCAUUUGUUCACCCCCCAAAUGCCACUGGAUGCACUAAAGGAGAAAGCUAUUUCAAUGCUGACAGAGGCUGUUCAAGGCGGUGGGCCACACAUUCGGGAUCCUGUAGGAGGAGGUGUGGAGUACCAGUUUGUGCCAAUCUUGAAGCUUAUUAGCACUUUGCUGACUAUGGGGGUUUUAUGCAGUGAGGAUGUUCAAAAGAUUUUACUGCUCAUUGACCCGAAUGUGUUCAGGGAGGCACGAGAGGAGGGAGUCACAGGGGCAACAGAUAAAGAGGGACUAACAGGUACGGAGGAGAAAGCGGUGGAAGCUGGAGAGGAGGAAGCAGCCAAAGAGGCAAAACAGCCAAUGAAGGGACUGCUGGAGAAGAGGCUGCCAGAGCCUGUCAAACGACAGAUGUGUGAGCUGCUUCACUAUUUCUGCGACUGUGAGCUGAAGCACCGCAUCGAGGCCAUUGUCUCCUUUUCCGACAACUUUGUCUCCAAACUGCAGUACAACCAGAAGUUCCGCUACAACGAGCUCAUGCUGGCCCUCAAUAUGUCUGCGGCUGUUACAGCGAAGAAGACUAAAGAGUUCAGAUCACCGCCUCAAGAACAGAUCAACAUGCUGCUGACCUUCAGUAUGGGUGAGGACUGUCCGUGUCCCACAGACAUCCAGGAGGAACUCUAUGAUUUCCACACCCAGCUGCAGCUCCACUGUGGAAUCCCUAUGGACGAAGAUGAAGAUGAGCAAGAUACAUCUAUUAAAGGUCGUCUGUUAUUGCUGGUGAACAAGAUCAAAAGUCAGUCUCACAAAGCAGAGGAGCCCACAGAGAAGGAGCAAGCUGCACCAUCCAAUCUGAAGGAGCUCAUCUCCCAGACUAUGGUCAGCUGGGCCCAGGAGUGCCACAUCCAGGACUCAGAGCUUGUUCGAAAGAUGUUCAGCCUGCUGAGGAGGCAGUAUGACAGCAUUGGGGAGUUGCUUCGAGCCAUGAGGAAGACUUAUACCAUCAGUGCUGUCUCAGUGCAGGACACCAUAAACCUCCUGGCCUCUCUUGGUCAGAUCAGAUCUCUGUUGUCUGUUCGUAUGGGAAAAGAAGAAGAGAAGCUAAUGAUAGAUGGACUGGGUGACAUCAUGAACAACAAAGUUUUCUACCAGCACCCGAACCUGAUGAGAAUAUUGGGCAUGCACGAGACUGUCAUGCAGGUCAUGGUCAACGUUCUUGGAGGAGACAAGUCCCAGGAAAUUGCUUUCCCUAAGAUGGUGGCCAGCUGUUGUCGUUUCCUCUGCUACUUCUGUCGGAUCAGUCGCCAGAACCAGAAAGCCAUGUUCGACCACCUCAGCUACCUGCUGGAGAACAGUAGCGUGGGCCUUGCUUCUCCAGCUAUGAGGGGAUCCACUCCUCUAGAUGUAGCUGCUUCCUCUGUGAUGGACAACAACGGUUUGGCUCUGGCACUGGAAGAACCUGAUCUGGACAAGGUGGUCACCUACCUGGCUGGCUGUGGCCUUCAAAGCUGUCCAAUGCUUUUGGCUAAAGGCUAUCCAGACAUCGGCUGGAACCCUAUAGAAGGAGAACGAUAUCUGUCCUUCUUGCGCUUUGCUGUUUUUGUUAACGGAGAGAGUGUUGAAGAAAACUCCAGCGUUGUGGUCAAGCUCCUCAUUCGUCGUCCUGAGUGUUUCGGACCUGCCCUGAGAGGUGAAGGCGGGAACGGCUUGCUAGCAGCUAUGAAAGAAGCUAUUAAGAUAUCUGAGACGCCUGCUUUGGACCUGCCGGGCUCCGUGCAGGGAGUCAGCUCUGAUGUGUCUGCUGAUGGUGAUGAUGAGGAGGAAGUGGUCCACAUGGGCAAUGCCAUCAUGUCAUUCUACUCUGCACUUAUUGACCUGUUGGGACGCUGUGCCCCUGAGAUGCAUCUCAUCAACAAAGGGAAAGGUGAAGCUCUGCGUAUCCGUGCCAUCCUGCGCUCUCUGGUUCCUACUGAGGACCUUGUAGGAAUUAUCAGCAUACCACUCAAAAUGCCUGUUGUUAACAAAGAUGGAUCAGUAACUGAGCCGGAUAUGUCAGCGAGCUUCUGUCCGGACCACAAAGCUCCCAUGGUGCUGUUUUUAGACCGAGUGUAUGGUAUUGAGGAUCAAAGCUUUCUGCUUCACCUGCUAGAAGUGGGCUUCCUCCCUGACCUGAGGGCUGCUACUUCUUUGGAUACGGAGGGUCUGUGCACCACUGAGACAGCCCUAGCCAUGAAUCGUUACAUCGGUUCAGCCAUGCUGCCUCUCCUCACCCGCUGCGCGCCUCUCUUUGCUGGCACAGAGCACUAUGCCACCCUCAUGGACUCCACUCUGCACACCAUCUACCGCCUGUCCAAGGGCCGUUCACUGACAAAGGCGCAGAGGGAUGCCAUAGAGGAGUGCUUGCUAUCUGUCUGCAAGCACCUUCGUCCCUCCAUGCUGCAGCAGCUCCUGCGACGCCUUGUCUUUGAUGUGCCCUUGCUCACUGAAUACUGCAAAAUGCCUCUAAGGCUACUAACCAACCAUUAUGAGCAGAACUGGAAGUUCUACUGCCUCCCAUCAGGCUGGGGCAGCUUUGGUACAGCAUCAGAGGAUGAACUGCUACUCACCAAGACAAUCUUCUGGGGAGUGUUUGACUCUCUGUCCCAGAGGAAGUAUGACCCAGAGCUAUUCAAGAUGGCCAUGCCUUGUCUCAGUGCCAUAGCUGGAGCUUUGCCACCAGACUACGUGGAUGCCUCUAUUAGCACCACGGUGGAAAAGCCCGUUUCUGUAGAUGCUCAAGGAAACUUUGACCCUAAACCCAUCAAUACAGCUAACAUUGCUCUUCCAGAGAAACUUGAGCAUUUUGCCAACAAAUAUGCUGAACAUUGCCAUGAGAAAUGGUGUGCGGAGAAGUUGCUGCUUGGGUGGAAAUAUGGGGACAGCGUGGAUGAGAAGGCAAAGACUCACCCUCAGCUUAGGACCUACAAAGCCCUGACAGAGAAGGAGAAAGAGAUUUACAGAUGGCCAAUUAGGGAGUCUCUGAAGAGCAUGCUAGCGAUGGGCUGGAGCAUCGACAGGACAAAGGAUGGAGAAAGCAUGUCUCAACAAAGGGAGAAUGAGAAAAUGAGAAAAAUAUCUCAGGCUUCUCAGGCCAAUGGCUUCAAUCCGAGCCCGAUAGACACAAGCAACGUGGUUCUAUCCAGAGAGGUGCAGGGGAUGGUGGAGGUGGUGGCUGAGAAUCACCAUAACAUCUGGGCCAAGAAGAAAAAAAGUGACCUCGGCAGCAGAGGUGGAGGAACACAUCCACUGUUGGUACCCUACGACACAUUGACAGCUAAAGAGAAGGCCCGAGAUCGAGAGAAGGCUCAGGACCUUUUUCGGUUCUUACAAACGAACGGUUAUAGCAUCACAAGAGGUCUAAAAGACUUGGAGCAGGAUGCUUCCUCCAUGGAGAAAAGGUUUGCCUAUAAAUUCCUCAAGAAGCUGCUCAAGUAUGUUGACUCAGCCCAGGAGUUCAUUGCCCAUUUAGAGGCCAUGGCUGCCAGUGGGAAAAUAGACAGGUCACCUCAUGAACAAGAAAUUAAGUUUUUUGCCAAAGUUCUUCUCCCACUCAUCGACCAGUACUUCAAGAACCACUCUCUGUACUUCCUCUCUUCUCCCAACAAGAACCUCAGCAGCAGUGGGUACGCCUCCAACAAAGAGAAGGAGAUGGUCACCAGCCUGUUUUGCAAACUGGCAGCUCUUGUCAGACAUAGGAUUUCACUCUUUGGGAGUGACUCCACCACCAUGGUCAGCUGUCUGCACAUCCUUGCACACACUCUGGACACCAGGACAGUAAUGAAGUCGGGCUCGGAGCAGGUCAGAGUAGGGUUGAGGACGUUUUUUGAGAACGCUGCAGAGGACCUGGAGAAGACUUUCGAGAACCUGAAGUUGGGGAAAUUCACUCACUCCCGUUCGCAGAUGAAAGGGGUGUCACAGAAUAUCAACUACACCACUGUGGCUCUGCUCCCCAUCCUAACUGCUCUGUUUGAGCACAUCACUCAACACCACUUCGGAGUAGACCUGCUUUUGGAUGAUGUCCAAGUGUCUUGUUAUCGAAUCCUGACCAGCCUCUAUGCACUGGGUACUGGGAAGAACAUUUAUGUGGAGAGGCAGCUGCCGGCUCUUGGUCAGUGUCUGGCAACUCUGGCUGGGGCCAUGCCUGUAGCCUUCCUGGAGCCGCUGCUCAACACGCACAACCCAUGCUCUGUGUUUAAUACUAAGAAUGCCAGAGAUCGAGCCGUUCUUGGAAUACGGGAAUCGGUGGAGGAGAUGUGUCCAGGUAUGCCACGGCUGGAUGGCCUAAUAAAGGAUAUCAAUGACAUGGCUGAGUCCGGAGCACGAUAUACAGAGAUGCCGCACGUGAUCGAGGUGGUGCUUCCCAUGCUGUGUAAUUAUCUGUCCUACUGGUGGGAAAGGGGUCCUGAAAACCAGCCGGCCAGUGGAGGAAGCAUCUGCUGCACCACGGUCACUUCAGAGCAUCUUAGUCUCAUCCUUGGCAACAUCCUCAAGAUCCUCAACAACAACCUGGGCAUUGACGAGGCCUCGUGGAUGAAGAGAAUCGCAGUUUAUGUGCAACCCAUCAUCAGCAAGGCCCGUGCAGACCUCUUGAAAAGCCACUUCCUGCCCACACUGGAGAAACUUAAGAAGAAGACGGUGAAGGUGGUGGCUGAAGAGGAGCUUCUCAAGGCGGACAGUAAAGGGGACACCCAGGAGGCCGAGCUGCUCAUUCUGGAUGAGUUUGCUGUGCUUUGCAGGGAUCUAUAUGCCUUUUACCCCAUGCUUAUCCGUUAUGUGGACAACAACAGGUCCAGGUGGCUGAAAGAACCAGAUUCAGACUCCAAUGAGCUCUUCAAAAUGGUUGCAGAGAUAUUUAUCCUCUGGUGCAAGUCACAUAAUUUUAAAAGAGAAGAGCAGAACUUUGUGGUGCAGAACGAAAUUAACAACCUUUCCUUCUUAACUGGAGACAAUAAAUCAAAGAUGUCUAAGUCUGGAGGCCAAGACCAGGAGAGGAAACACAAAAAGCGAAGGGGUGAGUUUUACUCCAUCCAGACCUCGCUGAUUGUGGCUGCCUUGAAGAAGAUGCUGCCAAUCGGCCUCAACAUGUGCAGCCCCGGGGAUCAGGAGCUCAUCUCUUUAGCCAAGACCCGCUACCUCAUGAAAGAUACAGAUGAAGAAGUCAAAGACCACAUUCGCCAGAAUCUUCACCUUCGAGAAAAGUCGGAGGACCCUGCAGUGAGGUGGCAGCUGAACCUUUACAAAGACAUAGUCAUGAGGACUGAAGGGUCUCCCAACCCUGACAGAGUGGUGGAUCGUAUCCAGAGGAUCUCUGCUGCCGUCUUCAACCUGGAGCAGGUGGAGCAACCACUGAGAUCCAAAAAAUGUGUAUGGCAGAAGUUACUAUCCAAACAGAGAAAGCGAGCAGUUGUUGCCUGCUUCCGAAUGGCUCCACUUUAUAACCUACCAAGGCAUCGCUCUAUUAACCUCUUCCUCCUGGCCUAUCAGAGAAUAUGGAUAGAAACAGAGGAGUACUCCUUUGAGGAAAAACUAGUGCAGGACCUUGCAAAAACGCAGCCUAAAGUGGAGGAGGAUGAAGAGGCGGAGGUCAGAAAGCAGCCAGAUCCUCUUCAUCAGCUCAUUCUGCAUUUUAGCCACAACGCUCUGACUGAAUGCAGUUCUUUAGAAGAGGAUCCCUUGUAUAUUGCCUAUGCAGAUAUGAUGGCAAAGAGUUGUGCUGAGGGUGAAGAGGAAGAAGAAGAAGAAGGAAAAGAGAAAACAUUUGAGGAGAAGGAAAUGGAAAAACAAAAGAUGCUGUAUCAGCAAGCCCGACUACACGAUCGAGGGGCUGCAGAAAUGGCGCUUCAGAUGAUCAGUGCCAGCAAAGGUCAUCUCGCUGCUACUGUGACUUUCACACUCAAGCUGGGCAUCUCUAUUCUCAAUGGGGGAAACAUACUGGUCCAGCAGAAAAUGCUGGACUAUCUGAAGGAAAAAAGGGAUGUUGGAUUCUUCAAAAGUUUGUCUGGACUGAUGAUGUCAUGCAGUGUCCUGGACCUGAAUGCUUUUGAAAGGCAAAACAAAGCUGAAGGUUUGGGGAUGGUAACUGAAGAGGGAUCAAUCAACGUGAGUGAGCGGGGUUCCAAAGUACUGCAGAAUGAUGAGUUCACUAAGGACCUGUUUAGAUUUCUACAGCUUCUCUGUGAGGGUCACAAUAAUGAUUUUCAAAACUUCUUGAGGACUCAGACAGGAAACACAACUACAGUCAACAUCAUCAUCAGCACUGUGGACUACCUGCUCAGACUGCAGGAAUCAAUCAGUGAUUUCUACUGGUACUAUUCUGGUAAGGAUGUCAUUGAUGAGGCUGGUCAAAGGAACUUCUCCAAAGCGUUAGCAGUGGCGAAACAGGUCUUCAACUCUUUAACCGAGUAUAUUCAGGGUCCUUGUAUAGGCAACCAGCAGAGUCUGGCUCACAGCAGGCUGUGGGAUGCAGUGGUGGGCUUCCUUCAUGUGUUUGCCAACAUGCAGAUGAAGUUAUCACAGGACUCCAGUCAAAUUGAAUUAUUGAAGGAGCUGCUGGACUUGCAGAAGGACAUGAUUGUCAUGAUGCUUUCACUUCUUGAAGGUAACGUUGUCAAUGGAACUAUUGGGAAACAAAUGGUGGACACCUUGGUGGAAUCUUCCAGUAAUGUGGAGAUGAUUCUGAAAUUUUUUGACAUGUUCCUCAAGUUGAAAGACUUGACCACUUCAGAUAGCUUCAAGGAGUAUGACGGCGAGAGUAAAGGAGUCAUCUCAAAGAAGGACUUCCAGAAGUCCAUGGAGAACCAGAAACAGUACUCUCAAUCUGAGAUCGAGUUUCUCCUCUCCUGUGCUGAGGCCGAUGAGAAUGACAUGUUCAAUUACAAGCAGUUUGUGGAGAGAUUUCACGAACCAGCGAAGGACAUUGGCUUUAACGUAGCUGUGUUGCUUACCAACCUCUCAGAGCAUAUGCCUCACGAUUCUCGCCUCUCAACAUUCCUCGAUCUGGCUGAGAGCGUUCUCAGCUACUUCGAGCCUUUCUUAGGUCGUAUUGAGAUCAUGGGCGGAGCCAAGCGCAUUGAGAGAGUUUACUUUGAGAUCAGCGAGUCGAGUCGUACGCAGUGGGAAAAGCCUCAGGUGAAAGAGUCAAAGCGGCAGUUCAUAUUCGAUGUGGUCAACGAGGGUGGGGAGAGCGAGAAGAUGGAACUGUUUGUCAACUUCUGCGAGGACACUAUCUUUGAGAUGCAGCUGGCUUCUCAGAUUUCAGAGCCAGACCCAGUUGAGCUUCUGGAGGAAGAUGAAGAGGACAGCCAGAGCGUGGUGGAGAACCAAGAAGAGGAAGAGGAGGAGAAUGUGAUGCUGGAGUCUUCGUCUGCGUUCACAAUGGCCUGCAUCUCAAUGAGAAAGAGCCUCAGUAAUUUCCGCCAGCUGCUCACACUCAAGAGCAUGAGGCGGCAGUACAGGAAGUUAAGGAAGAUGACUGUGAAGGAGAUGGUGCAGGGCUUCUUCUCUUUCUUCUGGAUGAUCAUCACAGGCCUUUUUCACUUUGUCAAGAACCUAAUUUGGGGCUUCUUCCACAUCUUGUGGACCACUAUGUUUGGGGGGGGGCUGGUUGAGGGAGCCAAGAAUAUGAAGGUAACAGAUAUUUUGGGAAACAUGCCAGACCCAACUCAGUUUGGGAUACAUGGAGAUGUGUUGGAAACAGAGAAGAUGGAGUUGCAUGAGGCGUCAGCGUUGGCAGAGAUGGGUCAGAUGGCUCAGGGUGAUGCAGCAGAGGCCGACCUGAUGGCUGAGCUGCUGAACAUACAGCCCAAGAGAGAGGGGAAGCAUGGUGCCGAACCUGGUCUGGGUGACGUAUCUGAGGUGGUGGUGGGAGACGCUCCAUCGAUAGCCAGUGCAGUCAAGCAGAAAAAGGCACAGAUGGCUGCAAAGAAGAGGGCUGCAAAUGGAGACUACAAAUCUGACUCCGAGAAAGGAGACUCAGAGGAUGGUGAAAAGAAGGAUGAUGACAAGGCCAAAGAUGAAACCCCUCCAGAGCUCUCAGUUGAAGAGAAGAGAGCCCCGAAGAAGCGGCUCGGCCUGAAGAAAGAACCACCAGAGGCCUUCAUGGCCAGCUUCUUUGCUGGCUUGGAAAUCUACCAGACCAAGAUGCUUAACUACCUAGCCAGAAAUUUCUACAACCUUCGCUUCUUGGCACUUUUUGUUGCCUUUGCUAUCAACUUCAUUCUUCUUUUCUACAAGGUUUGUUUGUAAUUAAAUUAUCCUGACGUGACUGGUGAUUAUUCAGAUGAUGAGGACCCUUGGAACGGUCGAGGCAGAGUAGGAGAGGAGGAGGAUGAAGGGGCACUGGAGUACUUUGUCCUUCAGGAAAGCACUGGUUACAUGGCGCCAACGCUGCGCUGUUUGGCAAUACUACACACUAUCAUAUCUUUCCUGUGUGUGGUGGGAUACUACUACCUAAAGGUUCCUCUGGUGGUAUUCAAACGGGAGAAAGAGAUAGCGAGGAAGUUGGAGUUUGCAGGCCUCUACAUCACUGAGCAGCCAUCCGAUGAUGACAUUAAAGGACAGUGGGACAGGCUGGUCAUCAACACUCCUUCAUUUCCCAACAACUACUGGGAUAAAUUUGUCAAACGCAAAGUGAUAAAGAAAUAUGGAGACCUGUACGGAGCAGAGAGGAUAGCAGAGCUGCUGGGAUUGGACAAGAGUGCCCUGGAUUUCAACCCUACAGAGGAGACUGUUGCCAAGGAGGCCUCGCUCGUGUCAUGGUUGAGCUCAAUCGAUACGAAGUACCAUGUCUGGAAAAUGGGGGUGGUGUUUACAGACAAUUCAUUCCUGUAUCUAGUUUGGUACACCACCAUGUCGAUUUUGGGACACUACAACAACUUCUUCUUCGCUGCCCAUCUGUUGGACAUUGCCAUGGGCUUCAAGACCCUUCGUACUAUCCUUUCUUCUGUCACCCAUAAUGGCAAACAGCUGGUGUUGACGGUGGGCUUGCUGGCAGUCGUGGUCUACCUCUACACUGUGGUGGCCUUCAACUUCUUCAGGAAGUUCUACAACAAGAGUGGGGAUGAGGAUGAGCCAGACAUGAAGUGUGAUGACAUGAUGACGUGCUACCUAUUCCACAUGUACGUUGGCGUGAGAGCUGGAGGCGGGAUCGGGGAUGAGAUUGAGGAUCCAGCUGGUGAUCCCUAUGAACUUUAUCGCAUCCUUUUUGACAUCACUUUCUUCUUCUUUGUGAUUGUCAUCCUCCUGGCCAUCAUCCAGGGUUUGAUUAUUGAUGCCUUUGGAGAGCUGAGAGACCAACAGGAACAAGUCAAAGAGGACAUGGAAACCAAAUGCUUCAUUUGUGGCAUUGGUAAUGACUACUUUGACACGACACCCCAUGGCUUUGAGACCCAUACGUUACAAGAGCACAAUUUGGCAAACUACCUGUUUUUCCUGAUGUACCUUAUUAACAAGGAUGAGACAGAGCACACUGGCCAGGAGUCAUAUGUGUGGAAGAUGUAUCAGGAGCGCUGCUGGGAUUUCUUUCCAGCCGGAGAUUGCUUCCGUAAGCAGUAUGAAGAUCAGCUGGGAUAGAGAAGACGCAUCCUCCUUACCUCUGUCAUUGUGAAAUGGGGCUGAAGCAUUCUGACAUACACACAUAUCCUUGUAUUGCUCUGGAUUUCUUUAAAGAGAACUAUAAGAAAAAAACAAUUUUCUAUCCAAAAGGAGAAAAAAGGGUGAGGGUGUUGUUUCCUGCCUGUGUCACAUGUACCCUUGUCACUGUCGGUACAGUACCAGUCUUUGAGGAAAUGGACCUGCAACUUGCUCAGACUUAUUGGUUCUCUAAUAGAUUUGGGACUUGUUUUUGACAGCGUGUUGCCUUUUACUCCACAUAACCCCAAGUCAUUGCACAAUUCCUUUUUCUUUACUUUCUUUUUAUUUUGUCCUUUUGAGAAACAGUGAGUUGUGUGGGGUUAUGGGACAAUGUGUCAGUCAUAUUAUGCACAAUGUAUGAAUGUUGAACUUGAGACUUAAUGCCAAAUGAAAAGCAGAGAAGUAGAUAUACAUAUUGUGUAGAAGUGUGGUUUAAGAAAAAAAAAUAUUCAAAUGUUGUAACAUUGCAUAUUAAGGUGAAGUUUGUAGAAUGAAGUGGCAAAAGGUAAAAAAAAUGCCUAAAAUUUUUCAUAAAGUGCCUUAAAGUACUGUAUCUACAUUACAAUGAAGCUAUGCAAAACUUUUGUUUCUUUCUUUAUUGUAUGUCAGUACAGUAGUUUUACUGGAGCGGUAAUCCAUCACUGACCAGAUACAGUAUGACGUUUGUGGCUGAACGUUUUCAUUUAAACAGCAUCUGUAUGUUUAUUUUGUUGCUGAAUGCAGGAUCACUGCAAAUGUCCAAGAUAAACAGUGUAUAAAUGACACAAAAUUUCUGGAUCACCCCUUAAACACGAAAGAAAAAAAUGCUAUUGUAUGGCAAUUUGUAUGUAAUAGCUUUGUUGAUCUGUGCAUUUCUUUUGAUGGAAAGAAAUAAAAUAACUGAAGAGC